AUGACGGACAACCCAGAACCCCAGCAGGAUCCCGGCUUGCCAGUGGCCAACCCCUGUGUAUCAUUUUGGCAGCAGACUACACGAUCCUUUCCAUACCUCAACCAUAACAAAAAUGAACCGGUUCCUGCAAAAUCCAAAUAUGUCGUCAUCGGCUCCGGUAUCUCCGGCGCGUUGACAACUUACGAGCUAAUCCAGGGAGGCGUUCCAGCUUCCGAUAUAAUCAUCCUCGAAGCUCGCGAAGCAGCCAGCGGAGCGAGUUCAAGAAAUGCAGGACACGUGAGACCAGACGCCUUCCGCGGCUUCCAAGUCUACUCACAACUGCACGGCAAAGAGCAAGCGCUCAAGAUCAUCGCGAACGAAAAACUCGUGUUCGAGCGCGUGAGGGACUUCACGCAGCGCCACAACGUGCCGUGCGACUUCAACCCCACGACCACCUUCGACGUGUGCAUGACGCCCGAGUUCGCGGCCUUCAACGCGCGCAGCCUCGCGCUGUACCGGCAGGCCGGCGGCGACGUGUCGCACAUCCGGUUCCUCGAGGGCGAGGACGCGGCGCGCGCGACCCGCGUCGAGGGUGCCGUCGCCGCGUACGAGUGGCCCGCUGGCUCGAGCCACCCCGCCAAGCUGGCGCAGUGGUUGCUCGCGCAGUCUGUGAGUAAGGGGGUUAGGCUUUAUACCCAUUGUCCGGCAACCUCUGUGGUUAAGGCCGCGGCUACGACUUCGACGGCGGAGGAUGGAGGGGUGGGAUGGGAUGUGGGUACGCCGCGAGGCACGACGAGGGCGAAGGUCGUGGUGCAUUGCACGAACGCGUUUGCGCCGCAUCUGCUGCCGCAAUUAAGUAGCUUCGUGACGCCGAACCGCGCGCAGGCGCACGCCUUCGUGCCGCCGCCGUCUUUCAGCGGAGACCAGAUGCUCCCGAGCACGAUGUCCCUGCGCCACUCGCUCAAGCACUUCUACUCUGUGGCGCAGCGGCGGCCGGACGGGAUUAUCAUCCUAGGCGCGCCGAUUGCGAAUCCGAAGAUUAGCGCCGAGGCGGCGGCCGCGCGCUUGACGACUGAUGAUAGCGUGUUUAAUGAGGAGGUAAGGGUGGACUGUGUUCGGAACUUCGAGACGACGUUCCCGGAGUGCGAGGAGGGGAGUUUGAGGCAUGGGGAGGGGCUCCUGCAUACGUGGACUGGGAUCGUGGGGAUGACGACGGACUCGGUGCCGUUCGUGGGCAAGAUUGAGAGUUUGCCGGGGCAGUGGAUUUGUGCUGGGUUUAAUGGGCAUGGUAUGGCGAGGAUUUUCACGUGUGCCCCUGGAGUCGCGAAGCUCAUCCUCGGAGGUUCGUGGGCGGAUACCGGGCUUCCUGAGUGUUUCGAGAUAACACAAGAACGCAUAGAGAAACUCCAAAAAGGAGUUGCUGGGUCUGUUUUCUAG